AUGCUAAUCUACUCGAAAUUCAUUGCACUCAUUCUCUAUUCAGUGUUAUUUGCUGCUACACAGUGCUACCACCUCACCAAUCAAGCAUUGUAUAACAAUUGUGACUUACUCAACUCGGUCCGAAAUUGCGCUGCAAUCAGAAUCCCUCAGUCCGUUGCCUCAACAUUUUUCCAAAUCUUCUUUGGUGCUGCUAGUGUGAGCACCACAAUCAACAUGUUCAGUAACAGAUAUCAUGAUUCUGGACUCUCCUACCUCCUUGUUUUGCUUUCGCUUAUCCUGGCUUGUUCUGGAACCGUUCCAUCCUAUUUCGUCGAUGCUAAAUCGGACAAGUAUAUGUUGAACUGUGCCUCUUUUGAGCAUAAACGUUCAGAAGUUCAAAAAUCAAUAUGUUUUACUUUCCUCCUUAAUGACGUGGUUAGCGGAGCUGCAACAAUCAUAGUCAGUAGAAUUGGAAAGUGGAAAAUGUCAGAUCCUCGUUUGAAAUUGUCAAUAACCCAAAAGCACCGAAUGGCAAACGUCAAAAGAUCCAACAUUUUGAUUCUGCCAAAUGUGAUUCUCAAUUUGUUCUGCUACAUUGGUUACGUCGCACUCAAUCUCUGGAAGAUCAGCGACGACGAUGUUGUCGAUGGAAAUGAGUUUUUGUGGGUCAAUACGGUUCCAAUUUACGUCUUCUUCUCUCCAUUUGUUUGGGAAUAUUCCUUGAAACAUACAAAGAUGAAAGAUAAUAGGGAUGAUCAACCAACCACCCCGGAAAACAUGGCAAAGAUACUAACGGCCCAGUGGGAGAAAAUAGACAAAAACAAGGAAAGGGGAAACUUUUUCAAAAUCACUGGAAGUGGAUUCAUUCGGGUUUUCAUUUGUUGCUGGCGAAACAAAACAACCAAAGCUGCCAAAAGAUCAACUGAAAAUUCCACUCAAAUUCCUGGAAUCGGUGGAAACAUCCCAGAAAACUCCCAAGUUCAACAGAAUCAUCGUCAAACUAUUGGAAGAAAUGAAAAAGUGGGAUGUGGGAAGGCGGUGUGGAACUUUUUGACAGGAAAAAAGACCAACACCGUGGACGUAUCGGUGGGAUAUGUAAACUAUGGUUCCAACAAUAAUGAUCAGGAGGGAGGUCAAAUCUUCUUUCGUACUACUCAAAAUGUUUGA